GCAGCGCCGGGGGCCCCCGCGGGCCGCAGGUGGCGCCGAAGCAGCAGCUGCAGGGGGUCAAUGUGUGCGGAGGGCAGUGCUGCCCGGGCUGGAGCAGAGCGCCUGGUUCCCAGAGAUGCACCAAACCGAGCUGUGUGCCCCCGUGCCAGAACGGAGGGAUGUGUCUGCGGCCCCAGCUGUGCGUGUGCAAGCCCGGCACCCGGGGCAAGGCCUGUGAGCUGACCACGGCCCACGAACCCGCACCCGCAGUCCCCAGGGCCCGGGGCCCCGGGCGCCCCGCCUCGCGGAAGCCUCCAGAGCCGGCGGCCCAGCGGGCUCCCUCGGAGAAGGCGGACGCCGCGCCCAGAGCCAGUCCCGUGGCCCAGAUGACCCUGACGCUCAAGCCGAAGCCGCCUCCCGUGGGCCUGUCCCCGCAGCCACGGCCUCAGGUGGCGGCUCUGUCCGCGCAGAACAUCAUGAUCCACCGCGGCCAGAUGCAGGCGUACGUGCUCCGGCCCAAGGACUUCUCCGCCCGGAAGGUGGCGGCCGGCGGGCAGGCGGCGGAGGGCACCUUCCCCCUGCGGCCCGCGCCCUUCCAGGUGAGCAACCACACGGGCCGCAUCAAGGUGGUCUUCACCCCCAGCAUCUGCAAGAUCACCUGCACCAAGGGCAGCUGCCAGAACAGCUGCGAGAAGGGCAACACCACCACGCUCAUCAGCGAGAACGGACACGCCGCCGACACGCUCACCGCCACCAACUUCCGAGUGGUCAUCUGCCACCUCCCCUGCAUGAAUGGCGGCCAGUGUACGUCCAGGGACAAGUGCCAGUGCUCUCCCAGCUUCACGGGCAAGCUCUGCCAGAUCCCGGUGCAUGGCGCCAACGUGCCCAAGCGCUACCCGCACGCCCCGCCGGCCAGCAAGGCGCUGGGCACUCACGUCGUCCACUCCACGCACACCUUGCCUCUCACCAUGACCAGCCAGCAAGGCGUCAAAGUGAAAUUUCCUCCCAACAUAGUCAACAUUCAUGUGAAGCACCCCCCCGAGGCGUCCGUGCAGUUCCACCAGGUGUCGCGGAUCGACGGCUCCGCGGGCCAGAAGGUGAAAGACUCGGCUCAGCCCAGCCAGGCGCAGGCCUCCUACCUGGGGCUGCCGGUGCAGAAGACCCAGGCGGUGCAUUCCACGUACUCCCACCAGCAGCUGGUUCCCCGCGUGUACCCGGUGGCCGCGAAGACGCAGCUGGGCCGCUGCUUCCAGGAGACCGUGGGCUCCCAGUGUGGCAAGGCGCUGCCGGGGCUGUCCAGGCAGGAGGACUGCUGCGGGACUGUGGGCACCUCCUGGGGCUUCCACAAAUGCCAGAAGUGCCCCAAGAAGCCGGCUUACCACGGAGCCAACCAGGUCAUGGAGUGUCUGCAAGGCUUCAAGCGCGUGAACAGCACCCUGUGCCAAGAUAUCAAUGAGUGCCAGCUCCAGGGGCUCUGCCCCAAUGGUGAGUGUUUGAAUACCAUGGGCAGCUAUAGAUGUACCUGCAAAAUGGGCUUUGGGCCGGAUCCGACAUUUUCAAGUUGUGUUCCGGAACCGCCCGUGAUCUCGGAGGAGAAGGGGCCUUGCUACCGGCUGGUCAGUUCCGGGAGGCAGUGUCUGCACCCUCUGUCUGUGCACCUCACCAAGCAGCUCUGCUGUUGUAGCGUGGGCAAGGCCUGGGGCCCCCACUGUGAGAAAUGCCCCCCGCCAGGCACAGCCAAGGAAGAGCACGUGGAGGCCCUCAGCUUCCCCCAGGAGCGUGGGCAAGGCCUGGCAGAGCAGGAAGUGGCUACUAUACCCUCUGAGAAGGAAAUUGCUUCCUUGGAUCAAGGGAAAAACAAACUUGAGCCUGGUCAACCCCAUCUCUCUCCAGGCGUUUCCACGGUUCAUCUGCAGCCCCAGUUUCCAGUCGUGAUUGAGAAAACAUCCCCUCCCGUGCCUGUGGAGGUCGCGCCGGAAGGCUCCACGUCCAGUGCCAGCCAAGUGAUCGCCCCCACGCAGGUGACAGAAAUCAAUGAAUGUACUGUGAACCCCAAUAUCUGUGGAGCUGGGCACUGCGUCAACCUUCCAGUGAGGUAUACCUGCAUUUGCUACAAGGGCUAUGCAUUCAGUGACCAGCUGAGAAAAUGUGUAGAUAUCGACGAGUGCGCGCAGGUGCCGAACCUCUGCUCCCACGGCCGCUGCGAGAACACGGAGGGCAGCUUCCUGUGCAUCUGCCCGGCGGGCUUCAUGGCCAACGAGGAGGGCACCCACUGCAUCGACGUGGACGAGUGCCGACGGCCGCAGGUGUGCGGGACAGGCCACUGUGUCAACACGGUGGGUGCCUUCCGCUGUGAGCACUGCGACAGUGGCUACCGCAUGACCAGGGGAGGCCGCUGUGAAGACGUGGACGAGUGUGUGGCCCCCGGCGCGUGUCCCGACGAGCAGUGCGUGAACACGCCAGGCUCCUACCGCUGCGUGCCCUGCACCGAGGGCUUCCGAGGCUGGAGCGGCCAGUGUGUGGAUGUGAAUGAGUGCCUGGACCCCAGGGUCUGCCGGAACGGGACGUGCGCCAACCUGGACGGCUCCUACAUGUGCUCCUGCUACCGCGGCUACUCCCCGACGCCCGACCUCAAGCACUGUAAAGAUGUUGAUGAGUGCCAGCAAGGGACUCUCUGCCUGAACGGGCACUGCAAAAACACCGAGGGUUCCUUCCAGUGCACUUGCGGCCAGGGGUACCAGCUGUCAGCGGCGAAAGACCAGUGUGAAGACGUCGACGAAUGCCAGCACCGCCAUCUCUGCAGCAACGGGCAGUGCAGGAACACAGAAGGGUCCUUCCGCUGCGUCUGCAACCACGGCUACAGGGCCUCCGGUCUGGGUGACCACUGCGAAGAUAUCAACGAAUGCUUGGAAGAUAAGAAUGUUUGCCAAGGAGGAGACUGCAUUAAUACUGAGGGAUCGUACGACUGUACCUGCCCAGAAGGGUUCCAACUCAACGGCCAUAAAGGAUGCCGAGAUGUUAACGAGUGUGAGCAGACCGGGCUGUGCGGGCCUCACGGGGAGUGUCUGAACACGGAAGGUUCUUUCCACUGUAUCUGCGAGCAAGGCUUCUCCAUCUCCGCAGACGGCCGCGUGUGCGAAGAUAUUGAUGAAUGUGUAAACAACACUAUUUGUGACAGGCACGGCUUUUGUGACAAUACAGCCGGCUCCUUCCGCUGCCUCUGUUACCAAGGCUUUCAGGCGCCCCCGGAGGGGCAGGGGUGUGUGGAUGUGAACGAGUGCGAGCUGCUGAGCGGCGUGUGUGGCGAGGCCACCUGCGAGAACGUGGAGGGCUCCUUCCUGUGCGUGUGCCCCCACGAGCAGCAGGAGUACAGCCCGAUGACCGGACAGUGCCGCCCGCCUGUGCCCGAAGGCGUGGACCAGCCCCGGGAGGAGAAGAAGGAGUGCUACUACAACCUGAACGAUGCCAGCCUCUGCGACAACGUGCUGGCCCCUAACGUCACCAAGCAGGAGUGCUGCUGCACCUCGGGCGCCGGCUGGGGCGACAACUGCGAGAUCUUCCCCUGCCCCGUGGUGGGCACAGUGGAGUUCUCCGAGAUGUGUCCCAGAGGGAAAGGCUUCGUUCCUUCCGGAGACUCUGUGUACGACAUCGGGGGCGAGAGCUACAAAGACGCAAACGAAUGCCUCCUCUUCGGACAGGAGAUCUGUAAAAACGGCUUCUGCCUGAACACGCAGCCGGGCUACGAGUGCUACUGCAAGCAGGGGACCUACUAUGACCCGGUGCAGCUGCAGUGCUUCGACAUGGACGAGUGUCAGGACCCCAACAGCUGUGUGGACGGCCAGUGUGUCAACACGGACGGCUCUUACAACUGCUUCUGCACCCUCCCCCUGGUGCUGGACGCUUCCGAGAAGAGAUGCGUCAGGCCGGCUGAGUCGCAGGAGCAAGUGGAGGACACCGACGUGUACCAGGACCUGUGCUGGGAGCACCUGAGCGAGGAGUUCGUGUGCAGCCAGCCGCUGGUGGGCCGGCAGACCACCUACACCGAGUGCUGCUGCCUCUACGGGGAGGCCUGGGGCAUGCAGUGCGCCCUGUGCCCCGCCAAGGACUCAGACGACUACGCCCAGCUCUGCAACCUGCCCCUGGCCGGCCGGCGGCGCCCCUACGGCCACGACGCCCUGGUGGACCUGGGCCAGCAGUAUGUGCCGGAGGCCGACCCCUACUUCCUCCAGGACCGCUUCGACAGCUUCGAGGAGCUGCAGGCCGAGGAGUGCGGCAUCCUGAGCGGCUGUGAGAACGGGCGCUGCGUGCGGGUGCCCGAGGGCUACACCUGCGACUGCUUCGACGGCUUCCACCUGGACAUGGCCAAGAUGACGUGUGUGGAUGUGAACGAGUGCGAGGAGCUCAACAGCCGCAUGUCGCUGUGCAAGAACGCGCAGUGCAUCAACACGGACGGCUCCUACCGCUGCCUGUGUCUGCCCGGCUUCGUGCCCUCCGACAGGCCCAACUACUGCACGGCGGCCAGCUCGGCCUCCAGCCGGGAGAGGGACAGCGACCUGGAGUGAGGGCCCUGGAACCCGGGCCGAGACGCCGGGACGGCAGCCGCGUGAGCCGGAGACUGCGCCACCCCGCCUGGGGCACUGCAGACCCGCGAGACGCACAGCCCGGGGGGAGAGAGGACCCGGCUGCGCUGACCCCUCGGGCGGGCGGCAGACACGCCCCGGAGGGCCGGGCUAUAUAUAUUCUGUUCAUAUGUAAAGUUGCGUGGGAGCGAGCAGACAGAGCGGUUAUUUUAACGGGAGGUUGUAUUGUGAUAUUGGUUUGUUUGGGGGUUUGUUUUUUAACUCUUGCUUGAUUAAAUUUGGCAUUUGAAUAGCAAUGGACAUAUUUUAUACAAUUUUCAUAUUAGGGGCUGUGCGGUUCCUUGGCAGUUUGGGGUGGUUUUAUUGUGUGUGUGUUUUUUUUUUUACCUAAUUUCAAGUACAAAAUUCGGGUAAGAUUAUGAAACGGUCUAAGUAUUGUUAUUCCACCUGAUGCUUCUUUUCUGGUCUGGAACAUCUUAAAAAUCCAAAUUGCCUGUCCCGUGGAGCAGGCAGGGGUUUUGCCAGCGUCUAUGCACCCAGGAAAGGAAGAAUUUUCUGUCUGUCCUGUGUGUUGUUCGGUUUUAAUGUGUUAUUCUCAACCAGACCGCCAGGGGGCCUCGUUGGCGCCCUCUGCACCCACCUCGGGCCACUGGGGGCUGUCCCCGGCCCAGCAAACCCCUCGGGGAAACUUGAUCCUGAUGCAUUUGCCGCUGUAUGUUAAAGCAAA